UCCCAAUUUUCCUUGAAACAUUCACGAAAUAUAAAAUCUGUCCAGGUUUCAGUAAUAGGUUGAUAAAAUCUUAUAAUAUGGCAUAAGGAUGUGGUUAAACAUAGUGUUAUUAUUACAUGAAGAAUACAUGGACAAGUUUGUUAAAAGGAUACUGUGAAAAUUGAUAAAUUGGACUUUAUAUAAUAGUAUAUUUAAUCACGUGACACAUAACAAGAUAAAUUUAGAUUACAAUUAAAAACUUUCUCAACAGAAAUUAUAUUAUACAAUAAACGGGACACAGCUUUUAAAAAUGCUAUAUAUAAGGUUCAGUUAACGUUAAACAGGAACAUUAAUAUGUAAGCUGGAAAAUUCGAGAAAGCAAUCGAAUAAAACAUGAUGGUGAAUACGCCCGACUUCAUAGAAUAUUUGCAGGCGUGACAAGUGAAUCAUGAAAAUGAAGAAUGAACUAUUUGAUGGUGGUGAGAAUAAAACAGCAGAACUGCAAACAUUGCAGAACAUGAAUUCUACAAAGGUUGAAAGACUAAUACCAACAAUUAUCUUCAUGUCCGUAAUCUGUGUCUUAGGAUUGAUCGGGAAUUGCUUGGUUAUCCACGUGUACAGAACAAAAUUUAAACUGUCAAAUUCAAAAUGCUUUAUUUUGUGUCUAAGUGCUGUAGAUCUGUUAACGUGUUGCAUUUCGAUCCCUCUCGACGUUUCUACUACUCUAGAUCAGUACACAUUUAAACAUCAAGUGUUAUGUAAGGUGUCUAGAGUGUUUAAUGUUUUAGGAACUAUUUCCUCUUCGUUUAUUCUGCUUUGCAUUGCUGUGGACCGAUAUAGAAAAGUAUGCAAACCAUUUGGCUGGCAGAUUCACAUUAAAAUGACAAAGAUUUUGUGUGGACUGGCUAUAAUUGUAGGUGUUAUGGUGUCAUUGCCCGCCGCAUUUGUUUUUGGUAUACAUACGUUCGAUAUCCCAGAAUACAAUUUGACCGGAAGUGAAUGUUCUACAGCAGACGAGAUGAUAAACACGAAAUUUCCGUUCAUCUACACGCUUAUGUUUGUUAUCAUGUUUGUAGGUAGCAUAAUUGAAUUGUCAGUUUUAUAUUCUUUAAUUGGACUAAAAAUUCGGGAAACAAGCACGUAAAAUGAACAUGUUGAAGCAGAAAAUGUCUGUACCAAUGCAGUCAUCGAGUAACGUGAAAAGCGAUACAAGGCUUGACGAGGCGAAAGCAGAGUAUAUGUCACAGAAGUGUGAAUUUACUAUCAGCGAAGAUAAAAACAAUCACAAUGAGAGCAGCUCAAACUUGAGUAAUGGUCCUGAGAUUGAGGAAUCGUUAACUGACCUGCAAGAUACCGAAGAAUCGUGUACAUCAGAUAUGAAAAGUCAAGAGUUCAAAAAGAGUCUUGAAAGAUUAAACACUAGUAAGGACUUGAAAUGCAGCUUCAGGGAGGAGGGAAUGGGUGUUAAAUUUCAUCCGGAAUUGAUGAUCAGUACAGAAACAAACCAGAUAGAGAGAAAUGAAAACAGACGUUAUCUGAAAACAAACAUUGAUGUUUCAGUGCAAGAAAGGGAGAAUGUCGAAGGCAAUACGGAAGUAAAUGCAAACCAAGAAAUCCUACAAGACACGGUUCUGAGACGUUUGCUAUCUUCAUUGAGCAAUCGAAUAUCGAGCUUGAUGUUACGGUUGAAGUUGAGAAGUCCAAAUUCGAACUCAGAAACCAAAUUCAUGUUCAGAAAGACUGACUUCUCGAAGCAAGCAAGAGCUCGAAAGACAGCGUUCGUCAUGUUUGUUGUAUCUUUAGGUUUUAUAGUUAGUUUCGUCCCCCAUUUGCUGUUAAUGAUGAUAUGGCAGGCAAAGAAAGACUUUGCUGACGAAUUGUCAGACACAGACAAGGCAGUAUUUAAGUUUGUUCUUAAGUCCUUCUUUUUUAACUGCGCUAUAAGCCCUGUAAUUUACAGCAUAUUAGAUUCUAGAUUUAAAUCUGCUUGCAAAGAUAUGUUGAGACAUUGUGAAAGACGACCGUCACACAUUACAAAUGAUAGUACAGCUUUAGAUGUCCCAUGGUGCAUGGACACACGGAGAUAAAUAUGCACGUAAUUAACAAUGUAUGGAAUCCUGUUCGUGCCACUUCAAUUCUCGCCUUACCAACACGCGACAGUGCCAUAUUUAUCACAUUGUCGCCUUGGCCCAAAACAUAUAUACAUACGAGAUUUAACAAUCCUUGCGAGGUUUUUAGGGCGAUGAUUUUCGUCUUAAUAUUCGAAUAUCUUUCUUUACUCUCACAUCGGGAAAUUGAAAUUCCGCCCAAAUAGUGAUAAAUACUUGCGAGAAUGAGUAGAACCUCGCCUUGUCGCAUUGUUGCACUGUCACUUGGGAUAAAUUUCUUAACAAAUUGUUCGAUACAAUUCUUCCUGGUUGUUAUGUAUCAAUACACCGAAACAAAUUUCUAAUGACAGUCUCUUCUGAUGCCGCUUUCCUUCUUUAACGGUGUAGCAGAACAAUUCAUCCAUGGUACUAUAGUAAGAAAUAAUCCAUAUCAACGGGCGACAACGCGAGGUUUAACUAGUUAUCGCAUUUAUGUACCAUUUUUUAGCGGAAGUUCAAUUUCCUGAUACGAGAAUUAAGAAAGACAUGCACAAAUGAAGAUGAUAAUUAUCGCCCCCAAAACCCGCUAGGAUUGUUAAAUCUUGCAUGUAUCUAUGUGUUGGGACAAGGCGAGAAUGCGAUAAUUAUCGCAUUGUCGCGUGUUGGUGAGGCUAGAAUUAAAGUGACGACUCGAACUGGUUUCCGUAACCACGAAAUAUUCAGUGAUACAAUACAUACACGGUUUUCUUAAUCAAAGCAAAUUACCACAUAGAGAUAUAAGUUAGAGAUGCUUUUUGAUCUAAGGUUAAAAGCUGCUGGUUGGCGGAGUAGUUUAACAAAUACAAAAUGUACCAGUAUCUCACAAAAUUAUGCCGUCAUAUAUUAAAGAGAUGGAUGUUAACUUCCGCGGUGACUGUCGAGAGAUCCAGGAGGUAAACUUUGGAGAGAGGUCUGCUCUUAGUUUUGUCUUAAGUAACUGAAAAAUACCAAUCCUAAAUGAUUUAUUCGAUGAAUAUUUGAGCACAGCCAUUAUCUUUAUCAGCCUUGACAGAGGAAAAAUUCCGAAGGAUUUAGAUAUGGUGAAUAAGCGGGAUGAUUAAUUUGAACCACUUUUUUGUGAAUUGCGGUUUGUUGUGGGAUAGGCUGCCGUAGUAUAGAGAGACCUAUAACACAUUGUAAAUUGAAGUCCGUUGUUGAAAUUUCCCAUGUAUCUUUUUCUCGGCACGCGAAUGGAAAAAAGUAUGACGUCAUAAAGAAAGGCAGGAAAUGCAUGGCUGAUGAAUAAUUUCAGGUGUCAUCCUCAAAACGAUGUUGAUACAUUUUGUGAAUGUUACGUUUAUUCUAGUAGAUAAAAGCACUUUUUUAUCAAAAAAGAUAAAAUGUAUUAGAUCUAUGCAUACAAUGAGAAAUUAUCCAUAAAUCUUAUAAAAUAUCUAAAUAACAGUAUUAAGUAAAAAACCUCUGUAAAAUGGAGCAACAUGUUUGAUAAAAAUAGAAUAGAUUGAUUAUCUGUUA